CUCGAUCGUCUCACCACACCGCACCAGUGCAUGCAGCAUCUGUCAUUCUUCCCUGCAUCCCGCGCACCUAGACUUCACACAGAGCCCCGAUCGCGCAACUACCACCUAGCUAGUCGGCCGCUGGUACGUAUCGAGAGGUAGAGAUCAAUGGCGGCGAUGAUGACUGUGGAGGAGGUGAGGAAGGCGCAGCGGGCGGAGGGGCCGGCCACGGUGCUGGCGAUCGGCACCGCGACGCCGGCAAACUGCGUGUACCAGGCCGACUACCCGGACUACUACUUCAAGAUCACCAAGAGCGACCACAUGGCCGACCUCAAGGAGAAGUUCAAGAGGAUGUGUGACAAAUCGCAGAUCAGGAAGAGGUACAUGCACCUAACGGAGGAGAUCCUACAGGACAACCCCAACAUGUGCGCCUACAUGGCGCCGUCGCUGGACGCGCGCCAGGACAUUGUCGUCGUGGAGGUCCCCAAGCUCGGAAAGGCGGCGGCACAAAAAGCCAUCAAGGAGUGGGGCCAGCCGCGGUCUAAAAUCACCCACCUUGUAUUCUGCACCACCUCGGGUGUGGAUAUGCCGGGUGCCGACUACCAGCUGACCAAGAUGCUCGGCCUGCGCCCGUCUGUGAAGCGCCUCAUGAUGUAUCAGCAGGGCUGCUUCGCCGGUGGCACGGUGCUUCGCCUGGCCAAAGACCUCGCUGAGAACAACCGCGGUGCGCGCGUGUUGGUGGUCUGCUCGGAGAUCACUGCGGUGACCUUCCGCGGCCCGCACGAGUCCCACCUCGACUCACUGGUAGGUCAGGCACUCUUCGGCGAUGGUGCAGCCGCGGUGAUCAUCGGUGCAGACCCCGAUGAGUCCAUCGAGAGGUCCCUAUUCCAGCUAGUGUCUGCAAGCCAGACGAUUCUACCGGACUCAGAGGGUGCCAUCGACGGCCACCUCCGAGAGGUUGGCCUCACCUUCCACCUCCUCAAGGAUGUGCCUGGGCUCAUCUCCAAGAACAUCGAGCGUGCCCUGGAGGACGCAUUCAAGCCACUGGGCAUCGAUGACUGGAAUUCCGUCUUCUGGAUAGCGCACCCCGGCGGGCCAGCAAUCCUUGACAUGGUCGAGGCAAAGGUAAACCUGAACAAGGAACGGAUGCGCGCCACCAGGCAUGUCCUCUCCGAAUAUGGCAACAUGUCAAGCGCAUGUGUACUCUUCAUCAUGGACGAAAUGCGCAGACGCUCCGCCGAGGAUGGCCACACCACAACUGGCGAGGGAAUGGAUUGGGGCGUUCUCUUCGGCUUUGGCCCCGGCCUCACUGUGGAGACAGUUGUCCUCCAUAGCGUCCCAAUCACUGCCUAGACGAUCGCUUGUUCUCAAUUUAUCUUGGUCAUGCAAAAAUCUACUAUACCGCUGCAACACCCAAUUAAGUUUGCUCUAUUGUAUUCUACCCUAUGUGGUUUGUAUGUGUUGAUAGAUGCACUCUCCUGUUUUGUUUUUGUUUUUUUUUUGCUUGAGAGGACGGAUUUGGUAGGUGACAAUUAGUUAUGUCUCAUGUAACUCUUAUACCAUAAGAUGAAAACGCUUGAUGAUUCA